AUGCAAAUCGCAGAGGCCCCGGCUCUCGCCACUGCUGGAAGCCCGCUGGGCGGUACUGCCAUCUCACUUUUCGGGGUCGUUCAGGAGGAGCGCUAUCGGGGAGUCCCUCAGAGCGAGCUGGACCGACUGGAUCGGAUUGAUCCUGAGGUCGACGAGGCGAAUGCCAUGCUUGUAGAGUCCUUCCUGAACGUCAAGCGUUCCUUGGGAUCAGAGGCACCUUCCGAGUCGAGGAGAGAGCUCUCGCAGUCGAGCAGCUCACGGCCUCGCGGUAUUGAGCAAGGCAGUGAUAGCAGCUUCCAGAAAGCAGGCUACCAGGUGCUAUGCAGCCUGCCUCCAGCUCCUCUCCCGCGUGACCCGUUGGAGAGCGCUUACUCGUGCAGCACAGGUGCUGGCAGAAGUGACGUUUGA